AUGACAAGCUCUCUUCCUACCCAGAUGCAAGCAAUCACUGUCGACGGCAAGUCUGCAGCGUCGCUCAAGACCAUUGACACGCCCCGUGUUGGCCCUGGCAUGAUCCUCGUCAAGGUGCAGGCCGUGGCGCUGAAUCCCACUGACUGGAAGCACUUGGACUUUUUCGGCAACAAGGACACGACGUUGGGCUCUGACUUUGUAGGUACCGUGGUGGAGAAGGCGCCCGAUGCCGGUGACUUGGUCAGCGUGGGCGACCGUGUCGCUGGCUCUGUGCAUGGCGGUGCUCACGUUGGUUUCGGUGCGUUUGCGGAGUACUUGGUGACGUACCCUGCUGCUGUGACAGCGGUGCCUUCGUCGUUCCAGGACCUUGAUGCGGCUGGUUUGGGUGUUGGUGGCUUCACUGCGCUCUUUGGUCUGUUCCAGCCGAAGCACCUGGGCCUCCCGUCGCCGAGCACCACGUCGCUGCCGCCUGUCGACCCGUCGCUCAAGGUGUUGGUGUGGUCGGGUGCAACCUCCGUGGGCCAGUUCGCGAUCCAGGCGGCGCGUGCAGCGGGUGCCUACGUGAUUGCGACGGCCUCGCCGAAGAACCACGAGUGGCUCAAGUCGCUCGGUGCCUCGGAGACGUUCGACUAUGCCGACCCGCAAACGCCGGAAGCGAUUGCGGCUCAGCACCCCGACUUGGCUCAUGCGUUCGACACGUUCUCUGAGAAGGGCUCGCACGAGGCGUGUGCGCGUGCGCUGACCAAGAACGGCCCCUCGAAGCUGGUAGCCAUUUUGCCCUUCAACCCAGAGUCGGUGGCCGCGGCGAAUGCACAAGUGAAGCCGACGUUCCUAUUGCUCUACACUACGUCGGGCAAGGAGACGCGCAUGUUUGGUGGCGUGUUUGACGAGGCGUACUGCCAGGAAGACAAGGCGUACAUGGCAAAGAUGGGCAGCGCGGACCGUGGAUUGUUCUACCAGCUACUGAACAGUGGCAUAGUGAAGCCGAACCGUCUGAUGCCGCAGGAGGGCGGCCUGACGAAGGUCCUUGAGGGUCUUGAUCUUCUGCGUCACAACAAGGUGUCGGGCCAAAAACUAGUAUAUCGCUUCGCAUAA